GUCAAAUUGUCAAUUUUAAUUUUAAUUUUAGUAAUAUGUAAUUGUUAUUUGUAAAAUUUAUUAAAAAUGCUCCUAAAAAAUACUAUUUCUAAAUUAUAAUAGACAGCACAAAUUGUAAUUUUGUUAAAAUGGACGGCAAAGAAGUUAUUGAACACUUAGUCGCUCUAAAAGUGAUGAGACUGACCAAACCAGCUUUGAUCAGUCCAAAAAUUGUAACUUGCGAUUUCAAAGAUCUACCAGGGAAUAUUUUAAACAACUAUUUAAAGGAUGAUGCUACUUCAGUCGUGCAAAUGGAGACGCUGGCCGCCGGACAGUUUCUGUUGUUACCACAGAGUUUCGGAAACAUAUACUUGGGAGAGACGUUUUCGUGCUACGUUUGUGUUCAUAAUGAAACUAAUCAGCCUGUUCAGAGCGUGUCCAUCAAAGCUGAUCUACAAACAAGUUCAUAUAGAAUACCACUAACGACCCAACAAAAUACAGCUCCGCUGAAGCUUGAUGUUGAUGAAACUCUAAGUGAUGUUAUUCAUCAUGAAGUUAAGGAUCUAGGUACUCAUAUUCUAGUUUGUGAAGUCACUUACAUGUCUAAUUACAAUACAUUGGCUUCAUUUCGUAAAUUCUUCAAGUUUGAAGUAAUGAAACCUUUAGAUGUUAAAACAAAAUUUUACAAUGCAGAGUCAGAUGAUGUGUUUGUGGAAGCACAAGUGCAAAACAUAACUUCAGGGCCCAUUAUACUAGAACAGGUUUCCUUAGAAACUUCCCCUCAGUUUACUGUUAAGUCUCUUAAUGAAGAUAGCGAUGGGAAGUCAGUAUUUGGAGAUGUAACUCUGCUACAAACACAGGAGAGUUGUCAGUAUUUAUAUUGCCUGACUCCUAAAGACAACAUAUUGAAAGAUAUCAAAUUAAUAGCUGCAGCAAAGAACAUUGGCAAGUUAGACAUUGUCUGGAGGUCAAACUUGGGUGAAAAAGGCAGAUUACAAACAAGCCAGCUUAAAAGGAUGACCACAGAUUAUGGUGAUAUUCGAGUCACAUAUGAAAAUUUAUCCAGCAAAGUUCCUGUUGAUGAGCCAUUCAAUUUCAAAUGCAAAAUAGUCAAUGCCAGUGAUAGGACACUGGAUUUAAUUUUAAAGCUUCGCUCUCUUCCUGAUUCUAGUCUGCUCUGGUGCGGGAUUUCAAACAGGAAGUUAGGUCCAUUGGAACCAGGGAAAGUCAUAUUUAUCAAUCUAACAGCUCUCCCAAUUAACUCUGGUCUCCAUAACAUAAGAGGAGUUUCAUUGGUAGAUUUAUUUUUAAAGAGAACUUAUGAUUAUGAUGACUUGGCUUCUAUUUUUGUGUAUUAAAAUGUAGUUAUGUUGUUACAAAGAUUGUAUCUUAAAAAUGUAAUUAAUUUAUCAUUGUUAUAAUUUAUAAUUUUAGCAUAGUAGGUAUAUUAUGUAAGAAUAUUAUAAUAUUAAAUGUUUUUAAAGCUAA